AUUACCACUGUCUCCUUAUCAGCUCUCGUAUUCUCAUUCAUUAAUGUCCUACUUAAUCUGUACCUUUUAUUUAUGGUUUUUUGUAAAUCGAAAUUCUCAAAGAACAGUUCUGGAUUGUUUUUGAUCUAUUUCAGGUUCGCUGUGGACAUGCUUUAUUCCUUUGCUAGUAAGAACACAUGUUUCUUGACUCUUAACUUUGACCUGAAACCAUUUUCAGCGACAAUCCACUUCACAUACAAUAUCCUCAGAAUGCUAUCUCCCGACCUGGUAGUCAAGAAUUUAUCAUUUUUCAUCGCUUGGCCUAACCUAAUUUUUGGAAGCAUUCGAUCAUGGACCGUCCUUUUUAUAACUAUUGACCGAGUUUUAGCAACCUGCAUUCCUAUUAUCUAUCACCUUCACAGAUCCAAAUUUCCUCUUUUGGCAGUUUCAAUCUAUAUUUUUGCCUACGUGCUCUUUGAGCAAUACAUCUUGUUUGGAAUUUGCGCAUUUAUCAUUGAUGUUCCGUUGAGUUGUGCAAACUUUGGAUGCACUACAAACCCUUGUUAUCACGACUAUUGGGAGUAUUAUGAGCAGAUAAUGCAUUUUUGUGUGGGUACAUUAUCUGUGCUAUUAUGCUUCCGCUUGUUCGUUUGGAACAAUUGCUCACACUCUACUAACAAUCAGACAAUAUCGAGAGCAACUCGAAUUUCGCUCCUCGACUCAUUCAUCAUUUUUGUCUUCGACCUUCUUCCCAUUUUUCUGAUGAGCAACUUCCCAGAAGUCAACUUUCGAUCUGUUGGACCUUUAAGUGCUCUUUGUAAAAACUUUGGAUUCGUAAUUGAAUCGAUCAUUACAUGUGGAGUACUAAUUGGUAAAAAUCAGCAAGUACAACCAGGCUCCGUCACUAGAAUCUCUCGAUCUGUUAUUGUACAUUGCUUUAACCUAACUUACUUUCUAAUUCGCGUAGUCUCUCCGGAUACUGUAGUCAAAAACUUGUCAUUUUAUAUUGCCUGGCCAACCUAUAACCUCGGAUCUAUCCGAGUUUUUCUCGUGUUCUUUAUCAUCAUCGACAGACUUUGCGCAUCUUACUUUCCGAUUUUCUAUCACAAGAACAGAUCCAAAUUGCCCAAUUUAAGCAUAUUCCUCUCACUUUUUGUGUAUGCAAUUUUCGAGCAAAUAAUUCUUUUCAAAUUUUGCCAAUUUGAAAUUGAUAUUCCGACGAGUUGCCUGCAUUUGGGAUGCUCAGUGAACAAGUGCUAUCAUGACUAUUGGCUGUGGUUCGAGCAGACCACUAGAAUAUCCCUAUUGGAUACUGUCAUAAUUUUCGCAUUCGAUAUACUUCCCUCAUUUCUGUUCACUCAUUUUCCAGCUGUCAAUUUUGAAACUGUUGGGCCAUUGAGUGCGUUAUGCAAGAACUUUGGAUUUGUUAUUGAGGCGAUAAUUAUUUGUAAAGUUUUAAUUGGGAAG